GAGGGUGGGGCUUGGGGACAUAAGUCACUUGUGAGUUUCAUUACUGGGCGCAAACCAAGUCAGUGAGAUGCCUCACAUUCAUUGAGAAGAGCUUGGGCCUGAGGAGAGUGACCAACUGCUGCUGCUCCCAGGUGGCCACCCACCACUGUGGAACCACAUGGACACCAUUGGGCCUGUAGGGUUGCGGCAAGGGGAAGGAUCCCCCUGCAACCCCCAGGAGGGCUUGCCCUGCCCCUCAGACAGCUCUGAGCUGGUACAGGAGUGCCUGCGGCAGUUCAAGGUGACAGGUGCACAGCUACAGCAGAUCCAGGCCAGCCUCCUGGGCUCCAUGGAGCAGGCGCUGGGCGGGCAGACAAGCCCUGCCCCUGCUGUCCGGAUGCUGCCCACAUAUGUGGGGUCCACCCCACAUGGCACUGAGCAAGGAGACUUCGUGGUGCUGGAGCUGGGGGCCACGGGGGCCUCGCUGCGCAUUCUGUGGGUGACCCUGACGGGCAUUGAGGGGCACAGGAUAGAGCCCCGGAGCCAGGAGUUUGUGAUCCCCCAAGAGGUGAUGCUGGGUCCUGGUCAGCAGAGCACCCUAAUAUCCUGGACCAAAGGUUUUAGGUGCAGUGGUGUGGAAGGCCAGGAUGUGGUCCAGCUGCUGCGAGAGGCCAUCCAGAGGCAGGGGGCCUACAGCAUCGAUGUGGUUGCCGUGGUGAAUGACACAGUGGGCACUAUGAUGGGCUGCGAGCCAGGGGUUGGGCCGUGUGAGGUCGGGCUCAUUGUAGACACCGGCACCAAUGCGUGUUACAUGGAGGAGGCGCGGCAUGUGGCAGUGCUGGACGAGGACCGGGGCCGAGUCUGCAUCAGUGUCGAAUGGGGCUCCUUCAGUGAUGAUGGGGCCCUGGGACCAGUGUUGACCAUCUUCGACUGUGCCCUGGACCAGGAGUCCCUGAAUCCUGGUGCCCAGAGGUUUGAGAAGAUGAUUGGGGGCCUAUACCUGGGUGAGCUGGUGCGGCUGGUGCUGGCUCACCUGGCCCAGUGUGGGGUCCUCUUUGGUGGCUGUGCUUCCCCUGCCCUGCUGAGCCGAGGCAGCAUCCUCCUGGAGCACGUGGCUGAGAUGGAGGACCCCUCGGUCGGGGCAGCCCGUGUGCACACUAUCCUGCAGGACUUGGGCCUGAGCCCCGGGGCCUCAGAUGCCAAGCUCGUGCAGGACGUGUGUGCGGCAGUGUGCACACGGGCUGCCCAGCUCUGUGCAGCUGCCCUGGCCGCCGUCCUCUCUCGCCUUCAGCACAGCCGGGAGCAGCAGACGCUUCAGAUCGCUGUGGCCACCGGAGGCCGAGUGUUUGAGCGACACCCCAGGUUCCUCAGCAUUCUGCAGGAGACAGUGAUGUUCCUGGCCCCCAAAUGUGAUGUCUCCUUCAUCCCCUCUCUGGAUGGGGGUGGCCGAGGUGUGGCAAUGGUGACUGCCGUGGCUGCCCGCCUGGCUGCCCACCAGCGCCUACUGGAGGAGACCCUGGCACCAUUCCGAUUGAGCCAAGAGCAGCUGGCAGCACUGCAGGCACAGAUGCGGGAGGCCAUGAUCAAGGGGCUCCGAGGGGAGGCCUCCUCCCUCCGCAUGCUGCCCACUUACGUCCGGGCAACGCCUGAUGGCAGUGAGCGUGGGGACUUCCUGGCCCUGGAUCUCGGGGGCACCAACUUCCGGGUCCUCCUUGUGCGUGUGGCCACGGGAGGUGUGCAGAUCACCAACCAGGUCUACUCUAUCCCUGAGUGUGUGGCCCAGGGCUCUGGACAGCAGCUCUUUGACCACAUUGUGGACUGCAUCAUGGACUUCCAGCAGAAGCAGGGCCUGAGUGGGCAGAGCCUCCCCCUGGGUUUCACCUUCUCCUUCCCGUGCAGGCAGCUCGGCCUGGACCAGGGCAUUCUCCUGAACUGGACGAAGGGUUUCAAUGCGUCAGACUGUGAGGGCCAAGAUGUUGUGUGUCUGCUACGGGAAGCCAUUGGGCGCAGGAAGGGAGUGGAGCUGAAUGUGGUUGCCAUUGUCAAUGACACAGUGGGGACCAUGAUGUCCUGUGGCUAUGAGGAUCCCCAUUGUGAAGUCGGCCUCAUUGUCGGAACUGGCACCAAUGCCUGCUACAUGGAAGAGCUCGAGAAUGUGGCGGGCGUGGCUGGGGACUCAGGCCACAUGUGCAUCAACAUGGAGUGGGGUGCCUUUGGGGACGAUGGCUCUCUGGACGUGCUCAGCACCUGCUUCGAUGCAAGUGUGGACCAGGCAUCCAUCAACCCUGGCAAGCAGAGGUUUGAGAAGAUGAUCAGUGGCAUGUACCUGGGAGAGAUUGUCCGCCACAUCCUCCUGCAUUUGACCAGCCUUGGAGUUCUCUUCCGGGGCCAGCAGACUCAGUGCCUUCAGACCAGGGACAUCUUCAAGACCAAGUUUCUCUCUGAGAUUGAAAGUGACAGCCUGGCCCUGAGGCAGGUCCGAGCCAUCCUGGAGGAUCUGGGGCUGCCUUUGACCUCAGAUGACGCCCUGAUGGUCCUGGAGGUGUGCCAGGCUGUGUCCCAACGGGCUGCCCAGCUCUGUGGGGCGGGUGUGGCUGCUGUGGUGGAGAAGAUCCGUGAGAACCGGGGUCUGGAAGAGCUGACCGUGUCUGUAGGGGUGGAUGGGACCCUCUACAAAUUGCACCCCCACUUCUCCAGCAUGGUGGCAGCCACAGUGCGGAAGCUGGCCCCUCGCUGUGUGGUCACCUUUCUUCAGUCAGAGGAUGGGUCCGGCAAAGGUGCAGCCCUGGUCACUGCCGUUGCCUGUCGCCUUGCCCAGAUGGCCCGUGUCUGAAGAAGUCUCUAGGAAGCAGCUUUGUUGGACCGGAGCCCGGGCCCUGUCUGUUUCCCAGCCAGGCCCGGCCACCCAAGACUCCUAGAAGAGCCAUGGGUGACCCCUCUGUGGCCACUGGCCUCGACCCCUGGCUUUCCCGGAGAGAAGUAGCACUUGGGUUAGCAAUAUAUAUAUAUAAUUUAUUUACA